AUGUGGCCGACCUGUAGACGCUAUGGUCUCUACGCUCCGAACUACCAGAACGCGACCCGUCCUGGGCUCGGGGCCGUCUGCAUAUCCAGCAUCUGGCCCUCGGUGCUGAUAGACAUCACGAGCUACGAUUCCACGGCUUUUGCAACCGUCAUCCCGGCGACCGCUGGUGUGAAUGGAACCUUGGUAUUUGCGACUGCGUUUGAUGGCACUCCGGCGACUUCGGUGGCCAAUUCGACUUCCACUGCUGCCGCUUCCACCGUCCCCGUCACUAGCAGCAUCACUGCUCCUUUGACCCUCUCUUCUACUUCUACUACCUCCAUCACUUCUACCAGCUCUAGGACCGGGACUGCCAGCCUGACAGCAGUUUCUCAGCUCCCUAGCUGUGGUCAAAUCUGUUUCGACAACAUGCUGGCCAGGUAUGAAAGCCUUGGAUGUAGCACCUCAGACCCAUCCUGCCUCUGCCGAAACAUCAACUUCUACUAUGGUAUCCGCGACUGCUCGAAUGCGGCCUGUGGAAUGGAUGUUGCCAGCACCGUGCUUGCUUUUGAAAGCGGUUACUGUACAUCGGCCAUUGCAGCUGAGACCACUUAUCCAGUCACCACCACAGUCACGGCGACGGCGACCCCGACGGCCGUUUCCAAUCUCUCUACAUGCGGCCAGACCUGCUUCUACAACAUGUUGGCCCAAUAUGCCACCCUCGGGUGUAGUAGUACAACGGACGCUUCUUGUCUCUGCGAGAACAUCAACUUCUACUAUGGCCUGCGCGACUGUUCCGAUCAGGCCUGUAACACCGACGAGACCACCGCCGUAUUGGCCUACGAAAGCUAUUACUGUGCGGCAGCCACGGCCUCGAGCAGUUAG